AAUAACUAUAUCAUAAUUAUAACAACCCACUAACUUGACAAAUAUAAUUUCUCUGUAUUUGUAUCAUCAUCGAUCCUGUUGCUAAAGCAAAAAACAUAAUAUGCUUAAAAUUAACUAUAACAAUAAAAUGUUAUAAUAAAAGAAGUUUACCAACCGUUUAAAUAAGAUAUAUAGGCCAAGAGGUUAUUAGUGACAAUUCUAGAAACAUCAUAUAAAAAUGUAUGAAUGAUGAAAGCAUAAGGACCCAGUAGUAAAAGAAGAGAGAAGAAGACAAAACCGACUUAGGGUUUUAAUCUUAUAUAUAUAUAGAGAAUAAUGGUUUAUUAUAUUUAUUGGAGUUUUGGUACAGACACUAAGAUACGUCAUUGGUGGAAAAAAAAGAAGUUGACACUAGAAAAAUGUCAAAAAACAACUUUCACAAACAUUUGGAAACCCCACCUCAUUCCCACAAUCAUCAAUCACCAUGGCAUCUUCAUCGAAGUUCUCAGCCUUGCUAGACGGCAAAAGAAGCCUGGAAGUUGUAUGACAGGUGGUCUACCCAACGCAACUACUAGCACCACGCUCCUCCACCCCAGCCACCGACUCCCAUUCCUCCCCCUACCCAAUGCCGAGACAAAACAGUCUUCACCCACCUAAUUUCCUUCUUUAAACCACAUUUUAACUCUACUCAAGCCAAUAAUCCAAUGUUUAGAGACCCUUCUACUGUGAGGUGCCCCUAUUGCAAGCUCCCCAUUGGAUAAGCAGUCCAUCAAGUAACUCAUUUUUGUCGUUAAGUCUAGAACGUAUUAUCCGGUUAUGUUGAAAGACGAUGGUCCAUCUGAGGAUGUGUAUGUAUCGAAUGUUCUGUACAUGAAGCUGUGUGGCCGCCCCUUCGAGUGCACGAUUAUCCCUGAAGGUGCGUUGGUGAUGGCGGGCAUGAGUUUGUUGUGGCCUGAUAUCCUGCGAUACCCCUCAUUUCAAAGGGACGAUGCAGGGGAGUGGAGUAUGUUUGACUUUAUUGAUCCUCCGCGGCAUCUCGCAUUGAGGCCUGCCGACCGCGUGUUAGACGAAGGAGAGCCAGAUGUGCUAGGGGUGCACCUUGAGCAAUUUAUUCUACCCGCUGUACCGGCGGAUUCCACUGCAUACAUCACCCAAUUGUCGGGUGUUGCAACUACCGCCAUGUCGGUGUCGGAGAAAAAACCUACCCGGAUAAAGCUUACCGGGAAGAAACACACAGCGACCCAUGUGGGUGUGACUUCCGUUGAGGAAACUUCCUGCAUUGGGCAUGAUAUUCCCCUGGUCGCCGAUCUGACAAGUCCAGGUCGUGCCUUUAAGAAGAGGAAAACCUUUGUCGUUCCUACUCUAAGCGCCUUCGAGGCGGUACAGGCUGCUUGUGCUUUCCCAACAGAUACCUCUGUGGGAGUGCCUCCUAGGGUUGUUGCACCAACACUUGUGUCAACCGUGGCGUUAUCAUAUCCCGGUUCCAGUGUUAGUUUGUCCACGGUCCCCAAAACCCCGGCUCCCGCUACUGCCGCUGUCAGCUGUGUCAUGCCUCUUCCUAUUCCUACGUUAUCAGUAGCUGUGACUGUUGAUCCUCUUUCCACACUACGGACAUGUGGUGUUGGGACACCUGUAUUUGAUUCGCCCAUAGGUAUUUUUGCCGAUGUAGAAAAAGAUGUUACUACCGUGUCAGUGGCACAUGAGGUGACCAGCAUUGGUGGUGGCGAAGCUGGGGGAUCGAGCAGCGGUAUUGCUGAUGACGGUGCCCGUCUGAUUGAUGACAUGUUUCUGCCAACCGUUCGUUGGGACCCCAAUGCUCAAGACAAACGCUAUCAGCCUCACUGGAAAAUCUCUGAAUCUUCAAGGCUGAUUUUCCCCCCCUGUGAUUCAACACUGGGUCGAGCGGGCGUAUCCCCCUGCCGAAGCGGCGUAUGUAGAGGGUUUGAACAAUGAAGAUCUGAUGAAUUCUUCGAUAUCUGACUCUGUGAGCCUACCACGAAGGUUGGUUGAAAUUCAUCGUAGGUGGAUGCAUGAUAAAACCCAACUCCACCAGGCGCGGGCUACUAUUCAGGAAUUGAGGGACGACAAGCAUCGCUUAGAGAGUCAACUUCAGACUGUGGGAUUAAGGGAGGCCAGGCUCUUGUCGGAGAAAAACAAAGCUGAGGAAGAUUUGCAGAGGGUGACUGCCCAUCUUGCUGAAGAACGGAUUAUGUGGGCCCGCGAUAUGGCGGAGAAAGACCGAGUGCUGGCUCAGGCUAAGAAUAUACAUGAGGAGUUGGAGCGUAAGGCCAUAACGUGAAACCUAAAAACCUAAUAUGUUCUAGAACUUAUAGAGGAGGAAGACCUGAUCAAGAAGAAGACAACGAUGACAAGUCAUUUCAUAGCCUGCAAGUGAUCGAUAUUCGAACCCGCAACGUGGGCACUUCGUCAGAGCAGCAUAAAAGUCUCGAAGGAUUGUAUUACGUGAUUCAAAAUGUGGUUUACAGAGAGAACGCAGGUAGGUUAAUGGGGUGUUUGGUUGCAUUGGGUGGUAGGGGGGAGGAAUACGAAUAGGAGGCCGAGUGUGAGUGUCGAGCUCAUUGUUGCGUUUGGCAGACCACUGGCGGUAGAACUGCCAGACUGUUUUUCCGUUCUUCAUCAACUGCCAGAGUUUUUUGUCUGACAUGGGUGAAUUGUGAAAUGGAAAUGGUGAUGAUUGGUGAGGUUGGGAUUUGGGAAUGACGAGAUAUAUAAAGGUGAGAGUGAAAGGGUUACUUGGGUGACACUUUACACGACGAAGGUUUACGGGGAAGGUUAGAGAGAGAGAGAGAGAUGAUAUGAUUGUGUGUGAGAGUAACGACAAACAACAUUAAUUAUUAACUAUAAAAGAACAAACAUAUAGAGUGUUCGUCGCCUCCUCGCGUCUUAAAAAGUAAAAAAGUAGUGGCAGAUGGUGGAAAAUGUUCCUAUGCUAUGCAAAAGAAGAGUUUUUUCCUA